AUUAUUCAAUAUUUCCUCUUUGAAUCCAUUUUCUUUCUCUCUCUAUAGCUACCCUUUUGCCUUUUCAUUGCAUAAAGUAUGUUCCCCCCUCAACUUUGAUCCUCAAAAGCACCUAGGAAACUUUGUUUCAUGUUUUUUAAGCCCUUUUUAUGCUCAACUUUCUCAUAACACUUCACCAAUUCUUUAUUUUCAUGCACUUCUGUUAACCUGUCUCCAAACUCCUUCUAUUUUCUCUUUUUGGCUUUAACCUACAACUUUUUCUCCUUCAACUAUGGCUACCAUUUCAUCCACUGCAAACAGCACCUUUCAUCAGUUGCAUACUUUCAAUUCUGAGAACAAUAACAGUCACAUCUACGAUGCCACUUUCUCUGCAUAUUUGAAUGGCAAUGAAGGGACCAUUGUAGGAAGGCUUGGUGAACCAAGCCAAAAGCUCAAUCACUUCAUCAGCAGCAGAAAAUCCCCUCUUCAGAAGCUAGAAAAGAAAGAAGAGAAUGGAGAAAUCGGAGUGUUCGGAGCUGAAAAGUACUUCAAUGUAGGAGAAUCUGAGACCCCUAGAUCUGCCAGCAGCAUAGCCACCUCAAAGUACCUGCACCAGAGAGAUGAACCAGUAGCUCUAGCAACUAGAAAGCACACACUUCAGUACGGAACUCCAAGCAUUCGUUCUGAAUCAACUAGCAAUAGCCAGAGUGCUUUUCUGCAGACUGGGAUGAAAAAUUCUCUGAGGAGUAAAAAAGAUAAGUGUCAAGCCAAGAGCGUUCUAGCUGGUCUUGGCUUCAAAUGCUCUUGUUCUGGCAAAGAUUCUGUUGAUGCAGGUGAAAUCAGUUUUAGCAGAACUUCUACUUACGGUGCAGUUCAUGGCAAAACAACAACAAGAAAACUGGUGGAUAUUGCUGCUCUAGAUGCUAGCCAUUCGAUUAAAUUAAGCAAGCCUAAUGCAGAACUGUUGAAGAUCAAUAACGUUUAUUUCCAAAAGGAAGAGAAUUUUGGGGUGGGAGUGAAAAGCAGAAGGAACAGUUUGGCAUUCUCACCCUUGAGUUCUGCCUCGGGAAACCAAAACCAUCUUAUGAAAAUGCAAGCUCAACAAGAGGAAGAAGAGAUGAAACCAAGGAAAUCCUUGGAGGUGUUUGGCUCCACCGUACUGAAAAACAAGAUCAAGUCCUUGAGCUUUGAUAGAAGGAUGGAAAUGUCCUCGAGGACGGAAGAAAUUGAUUCAAAGUACAUGAACGAUGCUGCAAGUGAUGCAAGUUCAGACCUGUUUGAGAUCGAAAGCAUCAAAAGCAAAACCAACCCAUUUCUUGCAAGACAAACAUCAGAUGCUGCUUCUGGGUGUGUGAGUCCCACAAAUGGUUAUGCACCAAGUGAGGCAAGCAUAGAGUGGAGUGUGGCCACUGCCAGUGCUGCAGUAAUGUCAGACUGUGAAGAACAGAUGUCAGAAGUAACCAUAAGGAGUCCAAUAAGGACAGCAUUUACUUUAUCAUCAGAUGGAAAAACAAAAGCCCCUAGAGAGGUUCAGAGAAGACGCCCUAGCAUGCUGUUGGGUUGCAAGAGCCACAAAUCAGUUAGAGUUGCCGGUGAUGCUUUCAUAACAUAUGAACAUCCAAACUCUACACCCAAAAUUCGUAACAGGACUAAUACCUCUCAGAUCGCUAGGUUUCCUUCUGAGACCAAACUGGGAAAUCUUGGUGCAAAAUAUGGACAACAACAUCACGCUUAUGCCGCAUCACCACAUGCCUCAAAACUACUAUACAUUUAGCAUAAGUUUGAGAUGUUAUUUUGCUCUUGGAAUUUGUUCAAUUAUGUGUGAGUAUAGUACUACGCAUGGAAGUGUGAGAAAGGCAAAGAGUGCAUCUUAUGGGCUUCAAAUCACCACGUCGAUAGUAAGGUCAAGGUGUUUCUUGUGUACUAUAUAGUCCUAUAUCCUCUUAAUAAUCUUGUUGUAUUUUUCUGUAACCUUUGAUAUCAUGAAUGCUUUUCCAUCUAGAAUUUGCAGCUCCUAUUUAAAAAGGUGACGAAAAUGGAUGUUUUUGUAGCCAUGCUUUUGGUCUCAUAAAAAGAAAGGGAUGUGAAAGGGGACCUCGUAUUGUGAAGUGAAGAUAUGGGAAAAACUCCUCUGCUUGUUG